ACUCGUUAGUGAUAAAGAUGACAUUUUCAUCAAAAUUUUUUGGGCUGGCUUUGUCACUGAUCUUAUUGGUGGUGAGUAUAGCAGAGGGUAAUGGGCCUCGGCCAAUUAGAACUGGCCGUAGACGCGGCGAUAAUAAUGUUCCAGAAACAACAGGCAGUUUUGGGCGCAAUCAUGGCUAUAGCAAUGCAGAUAUUUCAUCACUUGCCGACGGUAUGAGCCGUAUUAAUAUCGGUACUUCAUCGGGAUCAUCGUCAAGCGAAUUGGGACAUGACGGAUAUGGAUAUAGUCAUGAUACAACUAACAUGGUCGGAAGAGUUGAAGAGCGACAAGCAAUUCCGAUUGGUACAACAUAUUCAACAUCAACAAUGCUAUGGAGUGGUCCUCAAAAUCCAUCAAAAUUCGGUACAAAAUCAGCAGGUCAUGUAAUUUUAUGUGCAUUAAAAACGCACGGAGAUCGAAUUGCUCAGAUAAACGACGACAACGGUGAACGAUUAACAUUCAUGGACAUCCGAAAAAAAGCAAUUCGUGCUGCACAAAAUCUUCAGUCGUUGGGAUUUGCCCAACAAAUUUUUGGUUUUAUAAGUAAAACUUCGGAAAAUAUUGCACCAAUUGUAUUUGCAGCAAUGGCAAUUGGUUCUCCAAUAAAUGGCGUUCAUGAGCCAUUUGAUAAGGAUCAUAUUAUUGAGACAUUUAAUAUGACCAAACCACCAGUAAUAUUUUGCGAUAUUCAAUACUAUAAAGUCUUAAUUAAAUGUGUGUCGGCGUUAAAAUACACUCCAGUAAUAUUUACGAUUGAUAAUGGCAAUAAUAAUCAUUCAGUGCAAAAUCUAUUUAAAAGAACUGGCAAUGAAAAAAACUUUAAGCCUGAAGAAAUAGAUGGCUCAACGCAUCCUUUGUUGAUCUGUAGAACAACUGGAUCAACUGGAACAUCUAAAGGUGUCACUCUGUCACAUGCCGCAAUACUUGAUGGAUUAAAUCCAUAUGAUAUAAUAAAAACGGACGAUGUACUUUUAUCUUUUAGUUUACCUAGUAUGCUGAGUUACUAUUUGAUUUUGUUAUCGUCAACAAUAAAUGGAGCAACUAGAAUUCAAACAUCUGAAUCAUGGACACCCGAAUUGCAAUUACGUUUGAUCGAAAAAUAUCGUGUAACAUUUUUACCGAUUGCAAUACAGCAAGUAAUUUUGAUGACAAAACUCGAACAUUUUGACCAAAGUGAUGUAUCCAGUCUGCAAAUUGUGUUAACUGGUGGUUCCAAAGUACCAUUUCAUCUUCAACAAAAAUUGAAUAAACAUCUUCCCAAUGGUAUGGUUCAUGUUGCAUAUGCAAUGAGUGAAAUGGGUGGAUUGGUGUCAUUUGACUAUCCAAUACCGUCUGGAUUGGAUACGGUGGGCCAACUUCUUAAUGGAAUGAAAGUAAAAAUAAUUGAUUUAAAUGGGAAUCAAUGUGGUCCGAAUACAUUUGGAGAGCUAUAUGUGAAAUCGAAUUACCCAUUUCUUGGCUACGAUGAUGAAGAAAUGAACCGAGUAGCACUCGAUCGAUAUGGCUUCUAUAUAACCGGUGAUGUUGGUUAUUUCGAUGAUAAUGGUAAUUUGUAUAUUGUUGGACGUAAAAAAGAAUGUUUCACAUAUGCAAAUCAAUUGAUAUCACCAACUAUAAUUGAUGAUAUUCUAACUUCGAUACCUGACGUGAAGGCAGCUUGUGCAGUUGGCAUUCCAAGUUCAAAAUACGGAAAUCUACCAGCUGCACUUAUUGUUCCCAACGACAACUGUCAGUUGACGGAAGAUGAUAUUAUUAAUGUGAUUUCUGGAAAACUUGGAGAUCAAUAUAAAUUAAGAGGCGGAGUCUAUUUUGUCCCUUCUAUACCUCAUUAUGGUAAUAAAGUCAUACGGUAUAAGGCACAAGAAAUUGCUACUCAACUAUUUAAAGAGCGGCGUGGAAGUUGGUGAAUGUAUGGAUUGAUAAUCGACGUAUUAAAACUAAAUUAUAACUUUAAUAAGUUAAAUAUUUUCGAAAAAAAUACCUUCAGAAAAUUUUCCUGUAAUUCAUUACUAGGUUGAAAUAUAUUUUUAUGAAAUUGGAAAAUAAAAUAAAUGGUCUUACGAACGUAAGACGAACUUUUCCGCACUGUUUAACCGCAGUACACCACAAA